UCAAUAUAUUUUUACAGAAUUAAAAAAAUUUUCACCUAACAACUCUAUAGAAACGCAAACAAGACGUAAAAAACGUAAGCUACCAAAAGCGAAUAAAGGGAAUAAGAACAAAAAGCAUAAAAAGGAGGAUUUUAUAGACGUAAAUGACCUUGAUUGGUCUGAGGUCGUAUGUCCAGAAUCUGUUUUUUUAGGUGGUGAUGAGGAUUUGGGUGGUUUUCUAUGUUUGGAAGAAAUCGAUAAUGUUGACGUUGAAUAUGAGGAAACCGCUACUAAAGGGAGCACGAUUAGAUUUAAGAAAGUUGCAUCUAAUAAACCGAACACAAAAAAAAAAAAUCCACCUGCAAAACCUCACGAGCCAUUAUCAAUAGAAGAAUUAUCAAAGUAUCAUGAUUUGGACACAUUCAAUGAACAAUCCUUUUUAAAGGGUCAACAAUCAUACUAUGACGUGGCGCCUGUUUCUCAUUCAGAUGAAAAUUUGGUGUCAAAGCAAGAUGAAGAUGGUUCGAAUCUUCAACUUGGAAAUGAAAAGUUUAACCUUUCUUUAACUAUAAUGAACGGAUUAAAAGCUCUCAAAUUUGAAAGGCCAACACCAAUUCAAGAAAAGACUCUUCAUGCAAGUCUGAACGGACGAGAUGUCAUUGGCAAAGCAGAAACAGGAUCGGGAAAAACACUUGCUUUUGGAAUUCCAAUAUUGGAGUACAUAAUCAAGCGAAAAAAAAAGGAUUCUGAAAACCAAUUGGUCGCUCUUAUCCUGACACCAACAAGAGAAUUGGCUAUGCAAAUUAGAGUUCAUCUUCAAAAUGUUGGAAAAACUCUUGUGUUUGUGAAUAGUAUUGAUGCGAUUCGUCGAUUGAUCCCGAUGAUGAGAUUACUUAAUAUAGAAGUUUUUGCCCUUCAUGCUCAGAUGCAGCAAAGACAAAGGUUAAAAAAUUUGGAUCGUGACGUGGCGGCUCGAGGACUGGAUAUUCCACUCGUUGAUCAUGUGAUGCAUUAUCAGUUGCCACGUUCUGGAGAUGUGCCCCUAAAAAAAAAAAUUACAUUACUUAAUUUAGAGACGUUAGCUAUGAAAGGCUUAUUUCUUAACCAUAUGGAUAAAAAAGAAGAUGCUCGAGAAUUCGUACGAAAGGGCCUUCGAUCUGAUCUGAAAAUUCUGAAAAUUUAUGAAGGAACUCUUAAACCUGGUCAAACAAAUUACGAGCAUAGUGAAAUGCUGCUAUACCACAAUCUUAUUAUAGAUGAAAGUGGUAAAACUGAAGAGGCUUUAGAACAUUUAGAUUCUAUUAAAAACAACGUUUGUGAUCGUCGAACUUGGAAAGAAAAAAGAGAAUUAAUUAAUGACAAUCCUGAUUGUUACGGUUAUUAUGAAGGAUUACAAAUAGCUAAAGGGAUUAAUACUAACGACUUGACACCUGAGUGUGAAGAAAAAAUCAUCGAUUUGUAUAAAGAUCUAUCCCAAAAAUAUCCAAAGUCGAACGCGAUAAAACUAUUUCCUUUAUUAUAUACUACUGGCGAUAAUUUUAAGAUGUUUGUGGAUGAAUAUAUACAAGCUGCACUCCGUAAAGGAGUUCCGUCCUUAUUUGUCAAUCUCAAAAAGCUCUAUAGUGAUCCUCAAAAAGAAGUCGUUAUCGAGCAAUUGGUUGAAGGAUACCGCGAAUGCCUAAAGAAUAAUAGUACCUUCACUCAACCUAAAAAUGAUGAUUAUGUGAAGGAACCACCUACUGCUUAUCUAUGGACUCUUUACUUGCUUUCCCAGCAUUACGACAAUAAACGUGACACAACGAAGGCCCUCAUGUUGAUUGACGAAGCAAUCGAACAUACUCCUACCUUGGUCGAAUUAUAUAUGACAAAGGGCCGUAUUCUAAAGCAUGGUGGAGACCUUAACGAAGCUAUGAAAGUGAUGAACGAAGCCCGUGAAUUAGACCUACAGGACAGAUUCAUUAAUUCGAAAUGUUCAAAAUAUAUGCUCAGAAAUGAUCAAGCUGAGGAAGCUGAGCAAAAAAUCGGAUUAUUUACUAGGGGUGAUGCUCCCGAUCCAUUAACAGAUCUUGCGGAUAUGCAAUGUAUGUGGUUUGUCCUUGAAGAAGGUGAAAGCUAUAUAAGGCAAAAAAAAUGGGGAAAAGCCCUAAAACGUUUUCACCAAAUUGAAAAGAUCUAUAUCGAAUUAUACGACAAUCCAAAUACGGUAACUGUUAGUGAAGAAAAUGAAGACUAUGCGAAGGAAGAUGUAAAAAAGAAAGUUGAUAAACCUCAGGAUGAUGAUCCGGAUGGUGAAAAGCUUCUUAAGACUGAAGAUCCUUUGGGUGAAGCGUUUAAAUUCUUACUUCCAUUGCAAGAACUAUCUCCAAAAAGGAUAGAAACGCAUUUACUGGGAUUCGAGAUCUAUCUACGAAAAAAGAAGUAUCUUCUUGCUCUUAGAGCUCUUUUACGUGCUUACAAUAUAGAUAAAGAAAAUGCUGCAUUGCAUAACGAUAUAAUACGAUUCCAUUUAGCGGUGUCUGAUGAUAAAGAAAUUAAUCCAACAGUAAAUCAAGUUAUUGCCUCAGAAAAAGUAACUUUAAUACCGGAAAAUAUGCCUUUGGUCGAAUUUAACGAACGAUUUUUAGAAAGAAACAAAGGUAUACCACAUUUAUUAGUUGGAGCAAAAACCUUAUAUGCUAUAGAUCCAGAAAAGAGGCAAGAGGCUGAAAAUCUUUUGUUAAUGGUCGAUUCCGAAGAAUACGCUAGUACAAGGACAUUAGAG